AGCAGAAAACAUAACUGAAAAAAUAAAAACAUCAAUAAGAACAAUAAAAAAGGAGAUUUUAUUAAAAAUAUUUGUGCUGUAUCAACAUCUUUUAAACACUUCAAUACUUUGAACAAACAUCAACGUAGCCAUUUAUUUCUAGAAAAUUAAGUUAUUCUUCCAUUUCAAUGUGAUGAAUGCAAUAAAAAAUUUCAAAAAUUAUAAAACAUGAAUACACAUAGAGCACUAAUUCAUGGUGUGUUAUGGAUUUAUUACUGUAAUAACUGAAAAAUGACAAGGAUAGCACAGCUACAAAAUGGUCGAUGGAUAUGUCCAAAUAAUUAUUGCGGUAGAACAUAUAAAAAAAAGUUUUCAUUGUAUCGCCAUUGUCGACAAGAGUGUGGUGUUGAACCUCAAUAUCGAUGUUUGUAUUGUAUGAAAACGUUUAAACGCAAAGAAUCACUCAAAUCACACUCUAUAAUAGUUCAUAACUCUUUUAACUUUGACAACUUACAAUUAAAAUAACCUAAAAAUACAAUUUAAUAUUUUAAUUUUCAAUGGUAUACUUAGUAGCCUUGAAAGCAUUCAAAAGAUGAUUUCUCCCAUUAUAUAAAAACUUGUUCAAAAAAGUAUACAAAGUUUGUAAUAAAUGGAAAAAAUUUUUUUACAGGAAUUGAUACUUGGCCAUAGUGUUAUCAACAGAAAAAAAAUAGGAUCGUUAAACAUCCAGUAUGGUUUUUUCUACAGAUAUUAUAUCUUAUAUAUAAACUCACAUACUGAAACAAAAACAUUAAAAUAAAUGUAAUAAAAAGUAACUAUAAUGAACCAUCUAUGAAUAUUACUUACAUUUCUAACCCAUAACUACCCUUAGACUAAAAACGAAUCACUUAAUUCAUCUGGAGGUUAAUAAUAAAAUACAUUGUUACCGAAAGCUGCUAACACAAAAAUGCAAGAAAUAAACAUUUUGUAGAUUAGAUAAACUUGGAAAAAAUCUACUUUCAAAUAUA